UGCCCUUUGACUCUGCCUGUUAUAUUUCAGCAAUUUCACAUCACUGAGCUGCAAUGUCUCUUCGAAUUUCUACUGCAUCUAGGAAGAUUUCUUCCUAUGAAGGAGGUGCUAAGAUGUCAGGCAUUGGUGGAGGCAGUCUGUAUGGCUAUGGUGGGGGCUCUAUGAUAGGGCUAGGCAGUAGCUAUGGAGGGGGUCUCUGCAGUGGUUUUGGUGGAUCUGGAUUUGGUGGUGGUGGUGGUGGUGGUACCAGCUAUAGCGCUGGUGCUGGCUUUGGCAGUGCCUCUGCGGGAGGUGGUGGUUAUGGAGCAAGCUACCGCUCCAGCUCAUCUGUUAUCAUGGGUGGGGGCUAUGGAGCUGGUGAUAGUGUCUUUUUGGCUGGUGCGGAAAAGGAAACGAUGCAGAAUUUAAAUAGCCGGCUGGCAAACUACCUGGAAAAGGUGCGCUCCCUGGAGGAGGCCAAUGCUGAGCUUGAGCGUAAAAUUCGCCACUGGUAUGAGAAAAAUGGGCCUGGGGCACCCGGAGUGACCCGUGAUUACAGCAAGUAUCAUCAUGUAAUUGACGAUCUCCGCAACCAGAUUGUGAAUGUGACCAUUGAGAAUGCCAAUGUAGUCUUACAGAUUGACAAUGCCAGGCUUGCUGCUGAUGAUUUCCGAAUGAAAUUUGAAAAUGAGCUCUUCCUUCGCCAGAGUGUUGAAGGAGACAUUAAUGGUCUUCGCAGAGUACUUGAUGAUCUUACCAUGAAUCGCUCUGACCUAGAAGCACAGCUUGAAAGUCUCACAGAGGAACUGACAUAUCUUAAGAAGAAUCAUGAAGAGGAAAUGACUUUACUGAGGAGCAGUUCUACAGGGGAUGUCACAGUGGAAAUGAAUGCCGCUCCGGGAAUAGACUUGACUAAGCUUCUGAAUGACAUGAGAGCCCAAUAUGAAGACCUUGCAGAACAAAACCGUAGAGAAGCGGAAGAACAGUUCAUCAAAAUGAGCCAACCACUGCAGCAACAGAUCCACGAUGAUGCCGGCGCUGCAAACACAGCCAGGAGCGAAUUAAUAGAACUGAAACGAAGCUUUCAGUCCCUGGAAAUUGAAUUACAGUCCCUUUUGGCAAAGAAAGCCUCUUUGGAGGGAACCUUGGUGGAAACGGAAGGGAAUUACAGCACUCAGCUUUCCCAGUUACAGCUUCAAGUCAGCAGCCUAGAGGAACAGCUACAGCAGAUCAGGUCUGACACAGAGUGCCAAAAUUCAGAGUAUCAGCAAUUGCUGGGCAUCAAGACCCGACUGGAAAUGGAAAUCGAAACAUACAGACGUCUGCUAGAUGGGGAAAGUAUCCGCACUGCAUAUGAGACAAAAGUUCAUAUCAGAGAACCCACCAAAACCAGGGUGGUUAAAACCAUUGUUGAAGAAUUGGUGGAUGGCAAAGUCAUCUCUUCCCAAGUGAAAUCUGUUGAAGAAAAGGCAACUAAAUAAACUCCAAGGAGGAAAUCCUUCAAAGCUUGCUUUAAAGGGAAAGCACAGGUAGAAGAAAGCCAUCAGAAUCCAUUGUCAAUUUGCAGCUUAGCAGCUUCUUGCUAAUAAGGGACUGGGAUUCAAAUUUAGUCAUACUUAUUUAGAGAAGAGUUGCUGAAAUCAAAGAAUGAUUAAGUAUGGAACCAACUCAAGGUAUCUAGAAAAAUAAAUCCUACACAAUAUGCUUUCGUCUAACUUUAAAAUACUGUAGUGAAAACUACAUUCUGUUUUCUGCUGCAAUGCAAUAAAUCUGUUUGCAAGUUA